CUUGCGUAACCACUUCGUCUUCUGGUUAUGGUUUCCGUACACGAACGGAGCGUCUAUCAUGUUCGGCAUUCUUGUGCCCUUCAUCAACCGGUUCGUGCGCAAGCUGCCCGACACCACUGUCAGCGAUGACAAGAAGGGGAUUAUUGCGUCGCUGUUCCACGCAGUCUUCCCCGCUUCUGUCAGGUGGAUGGUGGAUUGGGUGCUGCAAGUAGGACCUGUUCUCGUGGUCUCACUCCCCUUCUUCUUGACACCGGGAAUUAUCACAUCAUACGGUGCGAUUUUUGUGGGACAAGUGUAUCCAUGCUACAUGAGUGUCACCACGCUGAUACAGAAUGGUGCUGUGCGUAGUAACGUCAAGGGGAAGAAGAAGGCUAAACAGUUGGCUGGUAAACCCUCAAAAAAGGUGCCAAUGCCUAGAGGACACGAGAAUGAUGCAACACGACCAGAGGCAAGGCAUGACGUGCACUGGCUAACGUACUGGUGCACCUACUCCCCUUUGCGCAUGGGACUGCACGUGCUGAUGGUGUAUCUACCGUCUGUACCUGGGUGGUAUCAUAUAGAGUUGGGUAUGGUUAUUUGGCUGAUGAUGAAAGGAUCAGGCGUACUAGUCAACGAGCUUGAUCUUCUUCUCUUCCGACGGAAUUGGAAGAAGCUUGACAAUAUUCAGCGUCAAAAGGGUAUGAUGGAGGUAGGGGAGGAGCCCGCUGUCAAGCUCACAGAAACAGAGAUCAAGGAUGAAAGCACGACAAUCUCCGCUACGAAGACAAUUGUAGCAUCGCCGGCAAUCAAAAGAGAGGGGCGCCACAAGGAACCGGAAUUAGAUGCUCAAACUACCGAACAAACGCAGCUUCCUCUGAGAUCGAAUACUGAUAUUAGCACCGACGGCCCCCCUUCGUCAUCAAGUAAUGUGAGAAAACGGGUGGGCAAAACACCAUCCACGGGCAAACUGAACCUGUAAUGAGACUUACUUGACCCUCGCGUAAAAAAACACGGAAUCGUGUUCAACUUCAAUGGGUAAGGGCGAGCACGAGGAAUUCAAGAACUUGAAAUGGGUAACUGAUUCGUGGGAGAUUUUGCACACCAAUUGAGAGCAGUCUGAGCGAACAGUAGAAAUUAGAAGAGUACUCAAUUGUACUAUCGACUGGUAAACAUAUGAGCGACCUGAGGACAUACGGGGAAGAAAAUACGUUGCAAAUAGAAAGCCAAUAUUAAAAAUUUAGUAAAACAGUUAUUAGUAAUAUGUAGGCGAGACUGUUUGCUGUCUAGUCACAGAUUUUGGUAUCUGUGAUAUUUAUAGCGUCUUGCCGGAAGAGAAAGGGAAAUCGGAAAAGUACUAUGUACC